CUGGGACUUUAUUUUGCUUCUCUCGAUUUGGAAGGUGCAGCUUUUAUCAGAAACAAUCUCAAAUAUAACGGUGUACAGGUGUAGUGCGAAGGGAUGGUAACCUCUCGAACCGUAAUUGGCUGAUUAGCUUACUAUCAAAACCGCCGCAUGACCAAAAAUAUUUCUUUUAUAUCAUUGAUGGCUUCCUGAAGUGUGCACCGCGCACAACAAGAGCUGCGAGAACAAGAAUUCAAUGAGCACGUCAUGGGCGAUUGCGACCGGCGAGGAGCAGUGCGCCUUGUUGCCGACGGAUAACUCUACCAGAUCCGGACCUGGAUCCGACGAGGAAGCAUUAAAUGGGAAUCUCCGUACCAAAGUCAAGUUACGGCAAUUACAUCGUGGAUCUCGAGCGCCUCUUCCUUUGCCAAGGAAUCUGCGACGGCUGGGAUGCUGUACACUGAGCUUCUUUUUCAUAUUUCUGAUGCUCCUGGUCUACCUGCCGCUCAUGGACGUCCGCAAGCGUCGUGCCGGCUUGCCUGACUGGACGCUAGAGACCUCCCGCAGUAUAUCCGAUUACAUUGACACAGAGCCAGCACUCAUUGUGCCCCGGGACUUUUGCCGAAACAAGACUUUUCUGGUAAUUGCCGUCUGUACGGGAAUGGGAAACUUCGUACAGCGGCAGAACAUUCGAGAAACCUGGGGUAACACCACGGAGUUCAACUACCCUGCCUUUGUAAAACUGCAUGGACAUCUGAAAGGAAACUAUCUGGACGUGAUGCCGUCGCGUCUGAAGAUGUUUGCAGAAUACUUGAACGGAACGGACGCAACCCUCACCGCCACAGUCCGAAUUGUGUUUAUUUUGGGCCGCAACAAGGAUGAGUCUCUUGUGGGAAACGAGACUCUAACUCGGAUCCACAAUGAAGCUGAGCAGUACAACGACAUUAUCCAGGAGAACUUCGUGGACAGCUACAAUAACUUGACUCUGAAAUCUGUGAUGGCUUUGAAGCAUGUAGCUCGAAGUUGCUUCAACACCACGGCUUUUUUCCUGAAGUGCGACGAUGACACUUUUGUUAACAUCCCAAACCUGCUGCACUUCCUCCUCGGCGGCACAAUUCCGCUGUACAACGACACCCUGGACUAUCACGACCGAACUACAUACCUGGCAAAGAUGCCGUCGAACCGAUUGAACGCCAGCACUGAGGUUAUGUAUGGCCACCAGUUCUGCAAGGUGAUUCCUGUAAGCGACGUAAGUAGCAAGUGGUACAUGCCCGCCUAUAUGUAUGCGCCGGGAGCAUAUCCCAAGUAUCUAUCCGGGGCCGGAUAUCUGCUCUCCAUCGAUGUGGUGCAGCGGUUGUAUGAAGCGGCCCUGAACACUACGUUAGUCUACCUGGAAGACGUUUACAUCACCGGACUGUGCGCGCAGCGAGCCGGGAUCGUGCGACACCACCACCCGCUAUUCAGUUUUUCCCACUCGAAACAUCUCUGCGCCUUCAAGGGCUCCAUUGCCCAGCACCAAGUAAAGGACGACAGUAUGGCAGAGGCCUGGAACUUUGUGUCCGACUACUCGAUAAAAUGUCCUCCACCCGAGCGCUUCUUUAGCCAGAUUCGACUACGCAAGAGGCCAAUUUGCUAGUCUGUUUAUUUUUAUGCAUUUUCCCCAAAAAUUUACAUUUUUAAUUGCAGGAUUGGUUGCAGAAAUUAUGUUAAUUUCCCCAAUAUUUAAGACAAGGUGAUAUUCAACGGCCCGAAAGAAACAGAAAAGUUCUUUAGUUAGUUACAUAAUUUAGUCCCAGCUAUGCCUGAGAAAGCUAUGUCGACCUACUUAGUUCUUAUUAACAAAAGUUUUGACAUUUUUGCCUAUAAAAACCACCCUAAAACUUCAUAUCAAUGUUAAAUAUAUUGCACAAAUGGAUAUAGCUUCCAUUUUAAUCCUUAAGCUUCCCAUAUAACUUUUUCACCAGACGUUUAAUGAAGUUGUACUAUUAAAUAACAUUGGAUAAUUUAUUUUUGACUUAAAGAAUUAAAAAUUUAGCUUGUAGAUGUAUGAAACUAAAAUUAAAACAUGGCUGAUUUACGCCCAAUUAUUCAUGACAUUAUGUAAAAGUGUGAUAAUUAAGAACGAAAAAAAACAUACUGAAUCAAAUUGCCAAUAUGUGUUUGUGUUCUUUAAAAAAAUAAAACAGUUGAAUAAAAUUAAUUGAAGAGUAA